CCGAACCCCGUUGCUAGGUGAGACGCACUGAGGCUACGGUCCGCGUUGUUGACCGUCACGUCAUUUUUAGUCUGGUUUAAACCUUUUUCUCGUUGGUACAAUGGCCGAACAGCCGUCACCUGUGGAAAACCAAGUCGGAAAACCUGUAGAGCACAACAGUGCUGAGGAAGAGAGAGCCACUGCAGCUCUUGACAAGGAGAGGACAAAAACACAUAUCCAGAGACAUGGGCACAAAGGGAUUCUCACAAUAGACCCGGAGUCUAAAAUGGAGUCUGUCACCACACUGAAAGCAGACUAUGUAACUCCGAAGGGUCCAGGGGUGAGGUUGCGUGGCAUCAGAAGCGAGCUUUUGGAGAAACAUAUUGCCCAGAUGAUAAGUGAGAAGAUUAAGGCUGAAAGGAGCCCACCACCUUCUAAAACUGACUACUGCUCCACAACCAGGACGGAUUUCUCUGUUAAGGGGUUUGUGCCCCGUACACCUGAAACAACACAAGUUCAUGAUUAUAAAACCGACCAGGCCAUUACAUUUUGGAGUGAAAACUGCAAGCAGAUACAGGGUGUGACCCCCAUAAAGACCUUGAAUGCACCAUUCAGGAAGUCAGCCCUGUUCAGCACACCCAUCAGUGAGCGGCUAGAUGAGAUCGAGCUCCCACCUGACAACUGAGGCAUGGUCUUGCAUGGACUUUGAUAUCUGCAGCCAGACUGCCACUCAGUCUAAAAGCUCACGAAAUCUAAAAAUCAGCUCAACUUUUUAGUUUCUGUCGUGACAAAUGGUAUAGAGAUGUUUAUUGAAAAUGGGAUGACUGACCUCAGUGGUACUACUGCCUGAAGAAAACAACAAGUAAAUUAAUGACAUGAAUCAGUGUCAUGAAAAACAGAGACCAUAAUAAACUGAGAUUUGAAUUUAAUAAAAGACAUGAACAG